UCUCUCUUGGAUCUAGAAAAGGAAUAAAAUUCAAAUCCUCCACAGAUUCACGGGCACAAAAGAUUUAAUUCAAAUUAAUGGAUGAUUUCCCCGGUUUGUUAGCCCGCGACUUCGGGUUCAAACCCCAAGGAAAAUCCGCACCCAUGGCACCACCCCGCAGCACAAACAGUAACAGUACCAAUUUUAACCUUGGAUCCGGUGGUCCCGUUCACACCCGAUCCUCCUCCUCCCACAAAUCCGCUCCUCUUUUCGACAAUCAAGCCGGCACGGACGAUCUCUUGUUCAACGACGUCUUCGGUGGUCCUCCUAAGUAUUCAGAAUCACGCGGCGGAGCUACUGCCACUGCUUCGUCAUUUGAUUUUGACUCCAUUUUCAAGGAACAGAAUCGCGAAUCGGCAUCGCUGCCGAUCUUUGAUAAGCCUGUUUACGAUGAUGAUAUUUUUGAUGGAUUGCCUGGGUUGAAGAGUUCGUCUUCUGGGGGUGGUUCUGCGUCGGCCCCUAAGUUUGAUGAUGCGUUUGGUUCGGUCAGUUCACCCCCGAAGCAGCAGCAUCGAAGGCCAGUGCGAGAUAGUUCACCGUUUGAUGAUCUGCUGGGGAAUUUAGGUAAGAAGGAGACGGAACCGAAGAGAGAGAGUGGCAGAGUGGAUAAGGAUUCGACGGCUUUUGAUGAUUUACUUCCUGGUUUCGGUCGCAUUAGCUCCCAUACGGUUAACCGUUCAACUUUCGAGUCGGGUCUGUUCCAAAAGCCAUCUUCAAAUUCAGCCAGGUCAGUUCCUGGUGUGAUGGAAGAUCCCUUUGUAGUACUAGAGUCAACGUCAAGCCCUGCAACUUCAUCAUCAGGGUUGUUCACAGAACCUUUGGGAGAAAUUAGUAAAACCAGUAACGCUGGAAACACUAAGGUUGAUAGUUCAUCUGUAGAGAGGGGAGUAUUUGAAGAUCUAGAUGACCUUGAUGAUCUUGGGAAAUCUGUUCCAUACAAGAGAUGGGAGAAUAGGAGCCCUUUAAGAACAGGACCAGGCACAGGUGGUUCAUAUUACUCUGUGAGUCAAGAAUCAGUUGACACAUAUCCUGUGGAGAAUGCUGGGGGCCGCUCGCAGAAGAAAACAACUGAUGAUUAUCAGGAAUCUGAUGAAGUCAUAUUCAAUAUGCCUACUGCUUCAACAGAUUUUCAUAAAUCUUUUGGUCAAAAUGCCUCUCCUCCUUCAUAUGUGGAUGUCAAUGCUAAUGAAAUAAAUUCUUCUCCCAGAUCUGAAGAGGUCUCUGAAUCAUCAGAUGAUGUAUGGCUUUCUGUGUCUGAAAUCCCUCUUUUUACUCAACCCACAAGUGCAGCCCCACCUUCUAGACCCCCACCUCCAAGACCACCGCGGAUAUCAAAGUCGGAGAUAGGUUCCUUUUCUUCUACAAACUCUAGAAAAAAGGUCAAUGAGUAUCCCUCUUUCCAAAAUUCCACUUCAUACUCUCAAAGUCCUAGAUCAGAUCGUGCAGCAAGGAAUUCAGUUACUUCUCAAAUUGAUGAACUUGAGGACUUUGUAACGGGAAGGACUCAAAACAAUAAUAAUGAAUUUGCAGAUGCUCUACCUGUUGACGAUGUGGAUAAAACUUCCUCUGCUGCUGCUUCUGCUGCUAUGAAGGAGGCCAUGGAUAAAGCAGAGGCUAAAAUCAGGCAAAUGAGGGAGAGGGAAUAUCUAAAGGCUGCUAGAAACAAAGAAGCUGGUCAACUGGAUAAAGAUAUGCUAGAUGCUCAGCAGAGAGAAUUAAAAGAAAGAGAAGAGAGAUUUGAUCGUGAAAGAAAACAGAGGGAAAAGGAGGAGGAAGAGAGAGAGCAGAGAAGAUUUGAGAAAGAGAGGGAAAGAGCUCGUGAAAUUGAGAGGGAAAGGGAGGAAAAAGAAAGAGAGCAAAGGAGGCUUGAAAGAGAGAGGGAGCGAGCAAGGGAGAUUGAGAGAGAAAGGGACAAGGCCAGACAAGUAGUGGAAAGGGCAACUAGAGAGGCACGUGAAAGAGCAGCUGCUGAAGCUGUCCUGAAAGCUGAAAGGGCUGCUGUGGAGAAAGCAGCUGCUGAAGCUCGAGAAAGAGCAGAAAGGGCUGCUGUGCAGAGAGCACAAGCUGAAGCCCGUGAAAGGGCAGCAGCAGAGGCAAAAGAAAGAGCAGAAAGGGCUGCUGCAGAAGCCCGGGAAAGGGCAAAUGCUGAGGCUAGGGAGAGGGAAGCCCAGGAAAGAGCUGCUUUUGCAAGGGCUGAAGCUGAUGCUCGACUCAGAGCUGAACGAGCUGCUGCGGGAAGAGCUGCUGCCGAGGCUCGAGAAAGGGCUGCUUCUGCUGCGAUGGCAAAUCAUCAAAAGAGUGAAAAUGAUCUUGAAUCAUUCUUCAGUACUCGAGCAAACAGUGCACCAAGACCUAGGGCAAGCACUUCAGAUCCUUUCUCUGAUAGCCAAAACAAUCGAGGGUCUGAAGCAGUUAGGAAGACGUCUGUUGGAGCUACGUCUGGCAUGAGGAAAGCUUCUUCAGCAAUAAAUAUUGUUGAUGAUUUAACUUCGCUUUUUGGAGAAGGUGCUGGGUCAUCCAGAGAAUUCCAAGAGGUUGAAGGGGAAACUGAAGAAAGACGAAAAGCCCGAUUGGAACGCCAUCAGAGGACUCAGGAGCGUGCGGCAAAAGCACUGGCCGAGAAGAAUCAACGUGACCUUCAAGCUCAGAGAGAACAAGCAGAGAGACAUAGGAUUGCUGAAACAUUGGAUGUUGAGAUAAAGCGUUGGGCUUCAGGAAAAGAGGGGAAUCUCCGUGCUCUGCUAUCAACACUCCAAUAUGUGCUGUGGCCUGAAUGUGGAUGGCAGCCUGUCUCUUUGACCGAUUUGAUUACUGCUGCUGCAGUUAAAAAAGUUUAUAGAAAAGCAACCUUAAGCAUUCAUCCUGAUAAAGUGCAACAAAAAGGCGCCAAUCUUCAACAAAAAUAUGUUGCUGAGAAAGUGUUUGACUUACUUAAGGAAGCGUGGAACAAGUUCAAUUCAGAAGAGCUUUUCUGAAUCCCAGUGUUUUCGCUUUGAUUGUUGCGGCUGCAUUACAUCAGCUGAUGAAAGUGGGCUCAGUAGAUUUCUGUUUUUAACUGUUGAGAAGCCCGUGGGUGAGUAUGUUCCCUUGACUCAGGUUGCUGUAAAUAAAUUAUGUUCCACGAGCACGUGGCACCUGAAAGUCGGAAUGCUCCUUCAUGUAGAUUUAUCAUUCGACACAUUAGUCGAAGUCACCUGAGCCCAUUUUGCAUGGGAUGAACGUGGUCGUUUUGUGUUAAUUCUUUUUUAUAAUAAUUUUUUUUUUGUUGGUGGUUACCAUUUAGUUGUCGAGCGUCAUAUGCUGAGUGAUUCCAAAUAAGUUGUUGAGAUCAAACGAUAUUGUCCUUGUAUGAUUGUUGAGCUAGUAACUCUGAGCGGUAUGCAUCUUUUAUCCUGUCCGGUCUUGCUAGUAUUUCUUUUGUUUACAACUGGAAGCUUCAAGGAUCAA